AUGUACUUCGAGGCAAUUCCGCUAUAUAAGGUAGCCCUAGGUAUCUGAACGAGGAUGUCUGGAAGUUGUGCAGGGACUGUGUUUGUGGCAUAUGCGAAGAAAGACAGCAACGACUUCACAUCACCGUUUAUAGAGGAGGCCGAGAAAUUAAAAUUAAAAAUUCGAACUGUUGAUACAUUUAGUUUGCAAUGUUCAACUGAUCCUGACUGGGAUAGCAGCCCUGUGCCAGACAAGAUAAGGAAGUAUAUCAGAGAAUCAAUCUGCUUUGUGUGGAUUUUUAGCCCUGCAUUCCUUCAAGACAAGAAAGCAGCAAUUAGCAGUGACGCCGAUUGUGAAGCUGAUUCUAUUCCGAAAUUGGUGGAUAUCAUAUUUGACAAUUUUGUAGUACAUGGUGAUGCCAAAUACAGUUCAGCUCGCAUGUUCACCAUUUGUCAUCAUACAACAAGGGAACAACUUCGAGAUACCGACUGUGUAAUGGCUUCAUAUGCACCACUGGACAGUAGCUGUGGGCCAUUUAUUGCUGCUCAGUUGCUGAAGAUAAAAGUAGAAGAUGUUGACGAAAAGACAGAAUGGUAAACAGAUAGUAAGUACACAGACAUUACUAAAUCAUGUUGCCAUGUAUGCAGAGUGGGUGCUAUUGCAUAAGUGGAAUAAAUACCCUGUUGAACGUCAGUGCUUCUUUAUGUUCGAUAGAGCUGCAAAAAAUGAAUUUACCAGAUAAGGAAUCGGGUGAAGUACAGGGUGAGGCAUCAACUGGCAAAAAGUCGACGAAAAAGGACAGCAGAGAUGCCACACUACCUGAACAGAAGUGCAAAGGGAAACGAAGACUUGUUACAGAUAAAGUCUAGCUGGACCUAAUAAGCCA